AUGCUUGAAGAUCCUCCAGAUUCUUCCAGCAAGUUAUCCACCGUGUUCCUGGUGCCAUCUCCACCCUCUGAGAUCAUCACUGGAACACCGGGCCCUUCACUUCUCGAGCACUGCUUCCAAUCCAGAGUCACUCCCGUCUCUGACAGACCCGGCUUUCUCCGGGUGGUUUCCUUCACCAUGGCGACCAUAUCUCGCCGUCAACUUUCGCCCGUCUUCGACGAGUGCUGUAUUCCUGGUCCGUCUAAGUCAUGA